AUGACUCCAACGAAACGCGUCCAUUGCUCUGCUACUAUUAAAGAGAAGUGUAAAAUUCUUGACAGUUUAGAUGCAGGUGGUAGUGUUCGGCAUGUUGCGAAACUUUUGAAGAUACCAAAAUCAACAGUAUUCGAUAUAAAGAAGAACAGAGUGAAGAUUCGAAAUUUUGUUGCGAGGUCGUACACUGAUAUAGGCCAGAGAAAAGUUAUGAAAAAGCCCGAGAAUCCUGAUGUGGAAGAGGCGUUAUACACUUGGUUUCUACAGCAACGUAAAAAUCACAUUCCUGUCUCUAGUGAAGUCUUGCGCACAAAAGCCAGAUUUUUUUAUGAGCGCAUCACUGGAAAGACUAACUUUCAAGCUAGUUCAGGAUGGCUUGACAAAUUUAAGGCAAGACGCGGCAUUCGUUUUUUAAAAGUAUGCGGAGAACGUGUUUCAAGUGACGCUGAAGCAGUUGCUCCUUUCCAACUUAAACUGCAAGCCCUGAUUGAGAAAAUGCAAUUAACUAAAGAGCAAGUCUACAAUGCGGAUGAAUCCGCACUUUUUUGGAGGGUUUUGCCAAACACAACGUGGGUGCAUAAAGAUGAGAAAUCGGCACCAGGGAGGAAAGUUUCAAAAGACCGUGUAACCUUUAUGCCAUGCUCAAAUGCAUCAGGUACACAUAAGUUGCCGUUACUUGUGUUAGGUAAAUCUAAGAACCCUCGAGUUUUCAAAAAUGCACAGUUGCCUGUGAAAUACGAGGCUAGUACCAAAGGAUGGAUGACCCGAAACAUAUUCUCUGAGUGGUUUAAAACAAUCUUUGUUCCUGAAGUGAAACAAUAUCUGAGUAACGCCAAUAAGCCAUGCAGGGCACUGCUUCUUGUUGACAAUGCGCCUUCACACCCACCCGAAGAAGAGCUCAAUACGAAUCCAAAUUUCAUAGUGGUAUUUUUGCCUCCUAAUUGUACUGCAUUAGUUCAGCCAAUGGAUCAGAACUUGACACAAAAUAUCAAGGUUUCUUAUAGAAGGCAAUUGCUGACCCACAUUAUAUCACAAGAAAACAAAGACACAAUGCAACUCCUGAAGAAAUUUAGUCUUCUGGAUGCAGUGAAUACUCUCGACUCUGCUUGGAAGUCCAUAACCGAAAAGAAUAUUCAAAAAAGCUGGGAUGGAAUAUGGCCUCAAUUGGUGUCAGAUGAAGAAGAUGAUAUUUUGCUGGCCGAUCUAAGAAAAAGCCUACUUGAAGAAGCUGCGAAACUCAGCGACUUGAAAAAAAUGUUAAAAGUUAUAGAUCCGGAAAAUGAACUGAAUGAUGAAGAAAUAAGAAACUGGUCGACAGGAAGAGACGAAAUAGCUGUUGAUAAUGUUGGCGACGAGGAAAUAAUUGAAUCGGUACAAUCAAACACAAACGAUGAAGAAGAAGGGGAUAUUAUUGACAUUCCUACAAAAAUCAAACACAUAGAAGCAGUACAGUGUUUUUCAAAAUGCGUGCAGUGGGCAGAAGAAAACAAAUUGAAUUAUCAAGAAGUCCUUUUAUUGAAUAAAAAUUAG